AAACCCGAUACGGACGCAGACGGUAGACCUAUUGAAGCUGUGAUUGUGAAGACUUUUCGAAAGUUUGCUAAUCAUGAAAAAGAACGUCUCCAACAAAGGAAACAGGCUAUAUUCAAAAAAGAGAUGGAUGGUAGAGUGGCUGAGUUGCUUAAAUGGGGGCAAAACUUUAAGUUAAAUUCACCACUACCAAAAGAUCUUAUCCCAAUCCUUACCAAAGACGAAACAAAACGUCAACAACUGGCAGCAAAAUCAGAAGCAGCAAUGCCAAAAGAAAAAACUUCCUCGACUCCAACUUCUGAUGUAAAAACAGAACUUUCAAAGCCAGUCAUUAAGAUUGAAGAGGAUAAAUCACAAUCUAACGGGGAAUCAAAGUCUGUUCCCGAAAAGGUCGCUUCAGACAAACCAACUUCUGCUGCCGACAAAGCGCCUCCACAACUUUCUCCUUCUAGAACUCUUGCAACAACACCGACAAACACACAAUUCAAGUUGAAUGCGAAAGCAUCUGAAUGGAAGCCUAAUCCUAACGCGGCGAGUUUCACUCCGACUCCAAAUACCGCUGGAGACAAAAGAUCUCCGGGCUCUUCUCCUUUCUUUGGCAACCGUCAAUUGAGGAAAAAUACUGCAUCGCUAAAAGACGGAUUCUGUCCUUUUAAGAAAGGAAAAUCUCUGGAAAAUCCAAAUUCAAUUCCACCAACAUGGCCUUUCGGUCAAAAACCCUUUAGGCAUCAUUUUACUGUUACCACUAAUUACGAAGAAGACAUUUAUACACAGGCUUCUGUAAAUCAAGGGUUCGGAUUCACAGCAUAUCCCGUUCCACAUUAUCGUUUCACGGCUGGAACGCAGUUUGUUGGCGUUCCGCCUAUGCCAAUGCAACAAACGACACCUGUGCAGUAUAUGCCUGGGUUUGUGCCUGGCAUGCCUUUCACCACUGCACCCAUGCCACCAAACGGAGCUCCGCCUACAAUAUAUAGCCCGCAGAUUCCACCGGUGAUUCCACAACAUUUUGGUUCUCAAGGAUUCCCUUCACCAGGUCGUACGCCAAUAGUUCCUACUGGUAUACACCCUCAGAUGUAUCCACCAUAUCAAAGUCCGCAUGGGUUACCACCUAUGAUGCGUUACCCACAUGAAAUAGUCCCCCACGUUCCCCCAGCUGGUGUGAUGAUGAGUCAACGGCCCAUGAUGAUGGAGCAGCAUUAUGAAACCGCUCCGAUGGAAGUAAUGCCAGUUUCGGAUCAGACAACAACGCAGUAA